GCACGCGGGUUCUUUAAGAGCAGGUCGCGCGCUUGUUCGCGCGCUCGCACUCUGUCGGAGCUGCCUCGUGAGCGCGCAGCUGCUGAACGCGCCCAAGUUUCGCGGGCAGACACCGAGGAGGAUACUCUCCUCUCACAUCACACUCAGCAACGAACAGGGUGAAGUACAACAGACCAGAGGCCAAACGCUCUGCAGCGAAGGCGUCGUUUCUGUGACUCUGUGCUGUCCACCUACAUCCCAUCCUGGCCCUGAAAUCCACACUAUCCCAGACAUUAGCCAGCCUCCAUCAAUAGUACCAACCUUACAAGACGCUUCUGUGUGAGAAAACACAAGCACGAAGGAACAGAUCAUCUCUGACUCAUCAACCUAAUGCACACCUACUGGAGCCCACUCAAUUAAACUCGCUUGAACACACGGCUUUCCCGGCUUCGCAUAUUUAUCUGAUCUGAUUAGGUGUCUGAUGUGCUUUCAGCGGCAGUCAGAAAUGGGAUGCUUGCCGUGAGGCCAUCCAUAAACUGGCGCCCAACGUAGGGACAACACCUGCAAACCGUGUCCCAUCUGGAACCAAUUAGCCCCAUCCCUGCAGCCAAAAGAAACGAGCGUGUGACUCGAGUCCUUGCUGUUUUUAUGCAUUGUGGCAGCCCGUUGUGUCAUGUCCCAUCGGCUUGCGCUGCUCCACUUGCGUAUCAGAUACGAUUUGACAGGUCUGGAAUAAAAAAAGCCUGUCGUUUUGACCCCUCUUGGUCCCAGAUUGCUCCACUUGUGUCACUUUGCGUGUCCGUCACGCCGUCGAAGGUGUCCAUUUUGGCCUCGUUUGUUCACAUCGAGGUCGCCGCAUCAAUCUGGCCAAUCUCUCUGUCCCACCCACUCUUGCGACAGCUUGCAAGUUCUGUCGUCGCCCCCCCUGGAGGAUGAGCGAUGUGUCCACGUUAGACUAUGAGCUGCUCUCGCCGGGGCCGUCAUUUGCCGGGGUCCCCAGCAGCCCACCUCUUGGUGGCGAUGCUGAGCAAAGGACGGCCUUCGCGUUCGUGGGUCUCCUGAUGCUGUUUUUGAUUUUCCUGUUGGUGCGUUGCUUCCGGAUCUUGCUGGACCCUUACAGCCGAAUGCCCGCUUCAUCUUGGACCGAUCACAAGGAGGGCUUCGAGCGGGGCCAGUUUGAUUACGCCCUGGUGUAGUCAUGUGACCUUGACACACCACCUGCCUUACCCCAACCUGUGGCAUGACUCCAAGCCUGUAGCUAAUUGCGCUUAAACCAUCAUGGGUUUGAUUCCCAGGGAAUGCACGUGCCAUGUAUACAGUACCUUGAAAUACACUUUGGGCGAAAACUUAACCGAAUUAACAGGGUCGUCCAUUUCUUCCGCUGUAGCUACUUCCUCAGGACGGUCUACAAGGUCUACAACGAACAAACACAUGAAGUCAACGGUUCAAGGUGCCCAACACAAUGCUAACUGUGAACCGUUACUACCCUUCAGCUACUGUACAUACUUUGUUACUGUAGAUGAAUCUUAAUUGUAAAAGACAUGAUGAAACCCUUCAAUGGACCCAUGUAGAUGGCAUAUUUAAUUUAAUGCAACUGAAAAUGAGGCUAUGUCGAUUGUUGCUGUAAAGUGAUUUAAAAGGAAAAGAAAGGAAAGGAAAGGACGUGUUGCCAAGAAUGGUGUCCCAUACUUUGAAUUUGUGCUCUGCAUUUAACCCAUCCAAGUGCACACAGACAUCAGGGAGUAGUGAGAAAAACACGUUAAUUGUUUCAGUGAAUUCAGCAAAUGGUUUUCGCUAAGUUUACACAGAUCACUUAAGUGUCAUUAAAAUGUCAAUUUCUGUUAAUUGUUGCGUUGAAUUCAACAAAUGGUUUAUAUACAAUUUACACUGUAAAGAUCACUGAAAUUUCAUUCAAUUGUUGCUUUGGAUUUAACUUGGUUUCCAAAGCAAUUUACACUUUGUUCCUGCUUAGUCAUUGUUGCCCUCAUUGCCUCGUUUUCAUUGGUGUAAAAUUAAAUAAGCCUUCUACCAUGAUUAUGGCAUACUCCAUGUGAUUUUGUCUAUUUAGCAUGGUAAAUUUGCACAAAAUACAUCUUUAAGGAAAACUUCAGUAUUGGAAAGUCAGAGUAUGUCCGACAUACCUGCUGCCUUCGACAGACCCGUUCUAAACUUUAUACGUUUCUGAGGAUGUUCUGGAUUUGGAGCAAAAAUCCCUUUAAGAUUUCUGAACUUCUGUCCUUGUAUAAUUAUUGCUGUUUCUUGUCCUUUUGACUAUGUGUAUAUAUAUAUAUAAGCCAUAUGUUCUCAUAUAUUGAAGGUUGUUCCUGUCAUUGGUUGUCUGUUUGCUGAUCUACCGAGCUCUCUGAAACCAUUGUGAUCGAAGAAAGAUUUAGAAUCGACCGAAAGAUAUAUUUUUAUAUCCCCGCUCCGAUUUGGAGUUCCCUUUUUGCUAAUGUGUCGUCUUGAAUUUGCAGCUCUCAUUUGGACGGAUGUGCAAAGAAUGGUGAUAUGCCAAGAAACAUUGGAGCUUGCGUUUGCUUUGUGAGUUUUGUAAGUAGUUUGGAUAUUUUCCUAAUUCCCUUUUGUCUGAAAUAAAACUGGGUUUAUUCACUUAAGCCUUCCAAAAUCUUCCAGACGAAGUGGCCACCCUUCUGAGAUCAAUAAGCCAUUUCCACUUGGAUACGCUCGCUAGAUCUCUUUAGCAUGGCUAAAAAUAGCCUUUUGCACAAAGAGAACAGAAAGACAAAGGUUUAAAAAUAUAACCCAUGUUGUUUUAUUGCCAUUUGUUGUUUCGUACAGAUGUUCACAAACAUUGUGCGGAUCACUCCGAUCUAACAGAUGGAUCAAAAAUGGUUUAAAAACAAUGCAUUUGGAAUUACUCAUUAGCAGUGAACGGGGUGCUCAGGUUUCUCCGUCAUGCAUGUUUAUGGCUCAAAAGAAUUCAUACAGAUGCCCUAAUCAAUGCACCUCUGGGAUUUAUGGUAUGGGAUGACAUCCUGAGCGACCCGGUCCACUUUCUUUGGUCUGUAGUUCGUAACCCAACACUAGCUUGAUGACUAUUUCAAGUUUGCUGCUGAUUUUUUGACAUACAGUACAGUCACGCACAUUCGCUCUUUUACAUGUAGUGGCAUCAACAAAAACAAAAGAUAUGAAAGUAUACAAAGUUCCCAAGUUAGACAAAUGAUUAUGCAUAAAUAUAGCUCAGGCUGUCGUACAGUGCAGUUACUGUGAUGUUCAAGAAACAGUUUUGUCAUUCUAGCACCAAAAUCACUUUGUUUACAGCCUUUGAAAACAGUCCAAUAUUGCUGGUUUUUGCAAUAAACUACAGUAUUAUUAAUUUAGAUGAUCAAUGGACAAGCUCAUGUAAACAGUGAUGUACGUCACGUAGUGCUCAGUGACAGUAAAUUAAGUACGCCGUGAUCAUUAAUUGUCAGUAUUCAGAG